AUGCCUAAAAAGAAGCCGACACCCGUUGAAGAUCUCAUUAUACCUCCUCAAAAUACAAAAAUUUGCGGAACAAUAUGUCUCUGUCAGUUAACUUUAAUUCUUAGCAGUGUGGCUAUAGUUUAUUUAACAGUUGCAAUUUAUGUUCCUUCGACUCGUGCGAUGCAAUCAGGUAUAUCAGAAACUCCAGUUAUGUGUACAACUACUCGGGCGGUUCAAGUGGAAUCUUGUGAUUGGGGUUCAUGUGGUGAAUGGUGCUUAAGCAAAACAUCAGGUUCUUGUAUGCAAAUUUAUGUUAACCUCAGACGGAAUGGCUCCAGUCUACUAUUAGUGAAUUGUACAAGUAUAGCUCAAAAAAUUUGUUACGGCAAAGACCAAGAAAACGCAAAAAGAAGUAGGUGCAUUGCGGAUGAGUGUAAAAAUUUGACAGGUACAUUCAACUGUUCAAUGGGUAUGUGUUUAGAUCUUACAGAUUCUUUUGAAUGCAUUUAUAAAUACACAGAUCCGCCUCUUAAAUGUUCAGGUCGACGUGGAAAAAUAACUUGUAUUGACUUGAAUGGAUUAUACAGCUGUAACAGAGGAACAUGUGAGAGAAUUCGCACUCCUUAUAAUUGUGAUCGUCAUUGUGGAGGUGCCGACAUAGUAACACGAAAUAAAAAUGUAAUAGUGCUAAGUGGGGACGAAGUAUAUUUAUCACAAUGUCAACGAUGCAUAGAUAGCGAUACAGGUCAAGAAAUUUGGAAUGAAUCUCAAGAUAACAUUAUGAUGGCUUCCUGUCAUUCUAUAUUGAAUACAUCUAAGGGAUUAGAAGCAGUAGAUUGCGUAAAUGGUUCGUUACUCGCUAAUAAUAUGUUACCGAAUGUCACAAAUUUUACGUACAUAAGUUAUUUGAGCAUUUUUAACACAGUUACUUUGGAUGAACGUCAAAUAGUAGCUCCUCCAGAACCCGAUCUAUUGAUUGCAAAUGACAGUAAACUACUUAUUAAUCUCGAAGGUUGUGUGAACACAUUAAGAGAUGAAUGUAGAGACUUUCUAAAAGUAUAUGGAAAAGAUGGUACCGACCAUUUUGCCAGAGCACGCUUCCCAUGUUUUUAUUCAUUGGACAAUCCUGGUAUAGUUGUAGCACGUUUUGAUUUAGCAACAACUACGAAACAAUUUUUGAUUGCUUCGGUCCUGCCCGCUGUUUUAUUCGUUGUUUCUUGUCUGACCUUAAUUUUGUGUCAACGCACAGUAGUGGUAGGUGAUGAUGCAAAAAUGCGAUUUCAGGGAUGUAUAAAAGCAGAAACUGAAGCUACUGAAAAAACAGCAUCAACGAAUAAUAUUAACGAUAGAGGAGGAGGAAACUCGAUCAUGGCACUUUGA